AUGGGUCGCUGUCAGGAGCUCAGUGAAUUCAAGCGUGGUACCGUGAUAGGUUGGCACCUAUGCAAUAAGUCCAUCCUUGACAUUUCCUUACUACUAACUAUUCCACGCUCAACUGUUAGUGGUAUUAUCAGAAAGUGGAAGCAACUGGGAACAACAGUAUCUCAGGCACAAAGUGGUAGGCCAUGUAAAAUGACAGAGCGGGUCAGCGCAUGCUGAAGCGCACAGUGCGCAGAAGGAACUCUUAAGGCGUCAGCAUACCAAACCAUUUUGGACAAUUUCAUGCUCCCAACAUUAUGGGAACAGUUUGGGGAUGACCCUUUC